UUAUUUUAAAGGGCUUAAAUAUAAAUAUAAAAAACCCUAAAUACUAUAAUAUAACCUUUUUAAAAAAAAGAGAAAUAGUAAAAAAAUAA